AUGCAAGCCGCCGGUAAACACAAAAGAAGAAGAAGAAAAUUUAUGAACCAGCUAGACCGCAAGGGAAUUUGACAGAUUGCUCUUACUCUUCAUAUGGCACUGGUGUCAGCGAAGCAUUUGUGCUUGCGGCUGUUGCUUUGCGUCCAGCUCUACGUGGCAAAAACUGCACGCUCCUCUGUGGAUGAUGAUGUGCUGCUGCCCUAUGCCCACGGACAUGGCCCCUCCCACUCCCACCGCCACGUCAGGGACUGUCAGCCCCUCAUUCACGGCAACACCACCCACGAGAGCUGGGCCGCUGACAACCACAGCGGGCUUGUGUCCACAUCUAGGAUGUUUGUGAAAAACAUGCAGGGAGCCCCCAGAUGGGUUCACGGUCACAUGACGGUGGUACACGACCCGCUGAGGACGGUGUCUGUCUUGGAGCCAGGUGGGCCGGGUGGCUGUGGCAUGAAUCAGAGGUCCACCGUCAAGGAGACUGCCCGAACCGCUGGGUGUCUCUAUGCACAAAACGCUGGCUUCUUCAGAACCCAGUCCGGUCACUGUCUGGGCAACGUGGUAAGCGACGGCAGGAGGGUGCAGGACAGCGGUGGGGUCCAAAACGCCCAGUUUGGGAUCAGGAGGGAUGGCACCUUGGUGUUUGGGUAUCUGUCACAGGACGACGUUCUGGACCAGUCCAACCCAUUUGUUCAGCUGGUUAGUGGUGUGGUGUGGCUGCUGAGGGACGGGGAGGUUUACAUCAACCAGAGCCUGAAGGCAGAGUGCGACGAGACACAGGAGACCGGGCAUUUCCACAACUUCGUGGAUGUGGUGUCGGCCAGAACGGCAGUGGGCCAUGAUGCAGAUGGAAAUCUCCUUUUGUUCCAGAUUGAUGGGAAAACGUCAGUGAGAGGGAUGAAUCUUUGGGAGUUUGCUGAGUUCAUGAAGCAGAGCGGUGCAAUUAACGCCAUCAACCUGGAUGGUGGCGGUUCUUCCACAUUUGUGGUUGAUGGCUCUCUGGCCAGCUACCCAUCCGAUCACUGCGAUAACGACGAAAGGUGGUGCUGUGAACGGCGCGUCUCUACCAUCCUGUGUGUUCACCCGAGGCGUUGCCAACCAUCGAACUGCAGUGGGAAUGGUGACUGCAUUGACGGACGCUGCCAGUGCAGGCAGGGCUGGCAGGGUGUUGGCUGUGAGGCUAGGGUGUGUCUUCCACCAGUCUGCGGCCCCCGUGGCAUCUGCACUGCCAGUGGAUGUGUGUGUCACGCUGGGUGGAGAGGACACAACUGCAACCAAGUGUGUCCCCUAGGUUUCUUCGGUCUCUCCUGUACUCAGCAGUGCCGCUGUGACGACCCUUGCCUCUGUGACCCGCAGACAGGAAGCUGUAAUGCCACACUGCCUGAAGAGACCAACCUCACAUUGCACACAGCUGGACAGUGUCUGGCCAAACAGAUGUUUACAUUGUGGAGACGGGAGGAGGAAGCUCGCAGGGAGCCACCUCAUCUAACAGAACGGACAUGGCUGAUCCUCAUUCUGAGCCUGACCCUCCUCCUGGCAGCUAGCCUGCUGCUUCACCUGGAACGUGGCUGCCGAGGCUCCCUGGCGGUUCGCUUCCCCAAACACCGCGACUACUCCUACCUGCCUCUGACCGACAGAGCUGCUGCAUGUGCUGGAGGUGACACUGAGACACCCAGGAGAAGGCACGACUCUGACUCUCAGGAUGAAGUCUGGUCACAGACGCGCUCCGGGAGCUCGGAGCUGUGAGCAGAGAGCAAACUCUUUCCUCUUCUAAAGGAACGAGAAGAUGAUCUGCCCAGCUUGUCGACAGCCAAAGAAUUGGUCAAUUCCACUCCGGCUGGAGUUUUCACAUGUUAAAUGCAAGCAGCUGUUUAGCAGACGAUGAUGGUUAACAGGCAGAUUUUAACAUGUCUGAAUGUACAAUAACUGUGGAUCAGUGCCACAGUAAUGCUGUGCUUCCAUUAAACGAAGUCCAGUGUUUGUUCCAGUACAUUCUUUCAGCACAUCAUCACUGGCCACGUUAUUAGGGACACCUGUACAGUCGGAGUCAACACUGCAGCUCAGCUGGUGAUGAGUAUCAUCAGGACGACUGAGCGCCUGGUUCUAACUGGUUCUGGGUCACCAGACCACCUUUACUGGUGAACUUGAUGAAUUGGCAGGAUUUGUGCUUUGGAUGUAAACAUCUUGUUUUGAGGUUGUUCAUUUUUUCCUGGACUUGCUGUAGAUUUUUCUCUGACCUUCAGAUCAGCUGAGUUUAAGGGCCUACAGGCCAUUGCAGCAGAUUUAGGGCUUUGCUGUCUGUUUUUUAAAUGCGGCAGAAUUUGAGUGAUCUCUGACCUUUAGUUAGUGUGAAAACCACAAUUUGUUGUUUAACUUGUGGAUCAACUGAAUUUUGUUUUAUGUUUCUCCUACAUGCUCAUGUUUCGAUUAACUUUUGUUCACAUUUUUGGGGAGAUGUGAGGAUCUGUUGAACCGACAGAUGUUUGAAUGCUGUGUCAAAAGGUUUUGGAUCAGGAUGUUGGAAAGCUGCACUUACAAACUUCUCUGCAGGAUGAUUGUCAAGACUGUGAUGGAUCUGGUUUUGGUCUCUAGGUCAAAUGAAGCUGCCACCUACAGAGGAACUGUAGGAAUUUGGGUGCAGGGAGGAACCACAUCAUCUGUUUAUUUUUCUAGGACACAGCAGAGCAGAGACGUUGUCUGUUGGACAUUACACAUGUUGCCUCACUUUUCUGAGCUGAUAUGCUCUGCACCAGCAGUGAGGGGUUGUUCCCUUUUCUCACUCGGGCUGUGUCACUGCUCAGCUCUGUGUCCCAAUUUUACAAGUCCCCUGAUCUGAGCAGCGUCCUGUAAUCCUGCUCAACCAUCUGUGGUCCUGUUGGUCUCCAAGUCUGUCCCUACUGCCGUUUCCCCAAUAAUCCUGUCCUGGCUGACUGCUGGCCGCCUGUGAUCCUGCCUCAUUUGGACAACUCUAGAUCAUAUCAAGAGUUGCCUCAAGGUUUUCUGGGCCCUGAGUUUUGUUCAAUAGUAGAAUUUUUCUAUUCGCUCCUCAAGCUGUAGCUAAUAAACUGUAAUAAACCGUAAUAAACUGUAGCUAAUAAUAUAAAAGGUGGCUCUAGCUGGUUUAAACAGGUUGUGAGUAAAUUGCUUAAAAGUUAGUGUUUGGCUGGACUCCAGUAAAGUUUAGUCAAGUAACAAAGGGACCUGAGUAACAAAAUAUGAUCAUAUAAUAACGUAUAACUUCUGAUGCUGUAUUAUUUAACUCUCAAUUGUGCUGUUGUGAGACGCAAUUUCCCCACUGCGGGACAAUUAAAGGUUUUCUUAGUGUCCGUAGACGCUGAGCUGGAUGGAUCUUGGUCCAGUUCUGCUUCCUCCUUUGUCCAUGAGAUGUGUCCUUCUCUUGAGUAUCAAAACUGAUGCAGCAACCUGUGGUGCCACUAAUGUUGGCCUCAUUCUGCUUUUUAUAUAUAUAUUUGCUUAUCUUGUUUUGAAACCUUGCCUUACGUCCAACAGGAAGUUAUUUAAUGCUCAGUGUUUGAUACGUUGUGGUCACUUUGUGUUCCCACUACAACGCUUCAGGUUCUCUUGCUGUCUGUAGCUAUGACUGAUUUUAUUUCCAGUGAUUUUGAAGCUGUGUUCGAUGAACAGCCACCAGACUGUCAGCUCGCUCUGGUGAACUUUGCACCUUCAUAGUUCCGCUCAGCUGAUGUAAUCAGGAAGCGGUCUGGCUUCCUGAUUACAUCCUUCCUUUCUGUAAUGAUGUUUCAUAUCUCAAAUCGUACACCUCUGUUUGUGUAAAGAUAAGGUGAAGCUGCCAUCUGACUAUUUAUUUUGUGCAGUGACAGUAACUGGUUAAUUAAAUAAAUUGGAACUAUUGAAGCGGAACCUUAGAGGCGGGAAAAAAACGUUCCGGUAUUUGUAGCAGUCAGGUUCGUUAGUAUGAACGCAUUCCAAAGAAGACAGUAUGAGUUCAGCUGUAUAGUAGAGAUGGUGAAAUUGAAGCCUCAUGAAUCACUGAGCAACUAUGACACAGUUGGGCUGAAAUCGACACAUUGCUCGACACCAUUUGACACAGUCAGAACAACGACAUCUGCUAGUUGUGUGUGGGAACUGCAUCAGCGCAAACUGACCAUCAAACCCUCUCUGAUACGUGGUUGUUCAGCAUCACAGUCCAUGUUUUAUUGUCAAAUAAGUUAUUUAAUGAAAGGUGUGUAAUUGUGUUUCUCUGUGGAUAAUAAUAUACAAGUAGCCCUGAUGUGGCAAAUAUGUUUGAUAGUCCGAUGUUAUUAGAGCUGUAUUUGGUGCUUCUGCAACUCUGAUUUAACUAAAUGACAAACAUGUCUCCUCAAUGUAGUAAUAAAGACUUUUAUUUUAAAAUAAAAUUCCACAGAACAUG